UCCCUGCGAGGCGUGCGGGCCCGGGCCGGAGCCCCGCGGCGAGAGGCCGGAGCGGAGCUGUCAGCAUGGCCGGUGGCCCUGAGCCCUACAUUGAAAUAUUUGAGCAACCCAGGCAAAGGGGCAUGCGUUUCAGAUACAAAUGUGAGGGAAGAUCAGCAGGCAGCAUUCCAGGAGAGCGCAGUACUGAGAACAACAAGUCCUUCCCUUCCAUCCAGAUUCUGAACUAUUUUGGAAAAUUCAAAAUAAGAACCACGUUGGUAACGAAGAAUGAGCCCUACAAGCCACACCCCCACGAUCUGGUUGGCAAAGACUGCAGAGAUGGCUACUACGAGGCUGAGUUCGGGCCAGAUCGGCGAGUCCUGUCUUUUCAGAACCUGGGCAUUCAGUGUGUGAAGAAGAAAGACCUGAAGGAAUCCAUUUCUUUACGAAUCUCAAAGAAAAUUAACCCUUUCAAUGUGCCCGAGGAGCAGCUGCACAACAUCGACGAGUACGACCUGAACGUGGUGCGGCUCUGCUUCCAGGCCUUCCUCCCCGAUGAGCACGGCAACUACAGCAUAGCCCUGCCUCCUCUGAUCUCCAACCCCAUCUACGACAACAGAGCCCCCAACACCGCAGAAUUGAGAAUUUGUCGUGUGAACAAGAACUGUGGAAGCGUCAAAGGAGGAGAUGAAAUAUUUCUGCUGUGUGACAAAGUCCAGAAAGAUGACAUAGAAGUGAGGUUUGUGCUGGACAACUGGGAGGCCAAGGGCUCCUUCUCCCAGGCCGACGUGCACCGCCAGGUCGCCAUCGUGUUCCGGACGCCGCCGUUCCUCAGGGACAUCUCCGAGCCCGUCACCGUGAAGAUGCAGCUGCGCAGGCCCUCGGACCAGGAAGUCAGCGAGCCCAUGGAUUUCAGAUACCUGCCAGAUGAAAAGGAUCCAUAUGGCAACAAAGCAAAAAGGCAGAGAUCAACGUUGGCUUGGCAGAAGCUCAUACAGGACUGUGGAUCCAACACGAUGGAGAGGCCCAAGGUAGCCUCAUUCCCUGUGGUCACUCCUGAGGGGAAGGCAAUUAAGAAAGAACCCAACGUGUUUCCCUCCUCGCUGACGAUGUCCCCGGGGCUGGGAGCCCUGUCCAACCCGAGCCAGCUGUACGCGAGCUGCUCGCAGCCGCCGGCGGGGCCGAGCAAGCAGGACUUGCUGAACACCCCGUUCUGGGCGCUGGGCUCCCUCCAGCACGGCGGCAGCUUCAGCACCGAGCCGCAGGGCAGCGCCUCCCUGCCGGCCUUCCCCGACGGCAGCGCCCUGGCCUGGCCCGACGAGAAGGAAUCGAGCUUCUUCCGGACCUUCGGCAGCGCCAACGGGCUGGGCGCCGCGGGGCUGCCGGGCCCCGAGCUGCAGCAGGGCCUCCCCGGCGGCUCCGGGCUGCCCAUGGACACGGAGGACAUGGGCUGCGGCAGCCUGAGCCUGGAGCGCUUCAGCGCCGCCGUGCUGGGCGGCCAGCGGCAGCAGCCCCCGCUCCAGCUGCCCCCGGCCGGGCCCGGCGCCGCCUUCCCCUCAGCGCAGCCCGGCCUGGCCGAGCCCGCCUACGGCUUCAUGGACGCGGAGGGGCUGGGCGAGCCCCGGCUGGGCCAGCAGGGCGGCCUGCCCGACGGGCACUUCUACGACACCGACGGUGUCCACGCCGAGGAGCUCUACCAGUCGUUCCCCUUCGAUAACAUCCUGCAGAGCUAUCACCCGUGAGCCGGCGCUGCCUGUGGAAAGCUCCGCCGGUGCUGCUGCCUGGAGAGGAGUCUUUCAUGUCAUUUACCCUUCUGGAGUCCCUGCUUUCUUCUCUUUCAGAAUGUUGCCGUGCAAGUUUCAGGUUAUAACUUAAAGGUUAUUUAUUGCAGCCCACAGUGGUGCCCCUAAAGAGGGAGGUGGGAGUGGGGUUUGGGGUUUCUGUACCUUAAAGUAUCUUGUAGAUGUGUUUUUAGAAGUGGGAACUGUUAACACUUAAAGCUUCCUUACCUUUGGGGCUGUAAAAGCUGGCAUCUUCAGAAGGGUUAAAGUUUCAAGUACUUCACAGGGUUGAAGUUGUUUUGAAAUAGCCAUUUUUGCUAUAGAAAUUAAAUUUAAAUUUUGAUAGUACAGAAAUUAGGAAAAAAACCCUGCACGUGAGCACUCUAAUUCAGUCCUGUCUAAUGAAUGGCACCUGAGUUCUGCUCAACUUACUUGAAAGAUUUGGGUUUUAAAUCCCCUUUCUAUAAAUAUUCUUCUCCUAAAAUGAGAACGUGUAUUGAUUUUCCACGCUGUCACCACACUCCGUUUGCUUUGAAGGCAAAUUUACUCAUAAAUUUUUUUUAAUGACUAUGUCAUUGUUAGAUAUAUUUAAAAAGACCGGAAGGUUUGAGUUUUUAAAUAGUUGUAAAAGCUCUGUUGUAAAGGAAAUCACUGCACAAGACAAGGAACAGAAAGUGAGGACUUGUCUGCACUCCAGCCAGACUGCACAAUCUCACAAGCCAUGCCCCUGUAGCUUUAGGAAUGAAGCUGAUACUGCUCUGCAGCUUGUUUGUGUGUGUGUGCAGCUGCCAUGUGAGUGAGAUUUGGAAAGGCAGGAAUCUCUGGAGCCAGAGUAUCCACUUACUCACUCUUUCCUCAGGUAUCCUGGCAGUUUCCUGCUAUGCAAGUGACUGCUUCAAAAAGGCUCAGGUCCUGCCUCCCCAGCACCACCCCCUCCCAGGAGGGCAAAGCCAGAGGCUGCCCUGCUGCAGCCUCACCUCUAUUAACAACUUUUAAAGCCAUUUCAGUCUGUACUAAUUAAAACCACUCCUCUGUCCUCCGUAUCAGGGACCAGAAGUUCUUCCCACCCACUUGAUUCCCAGUCUUCACUCUUAGCCUGAGCAGGAGCUGUUCCUGACACCUCCAGCUGGAGGUACCUGGCUGGGUAAGAUACUCUGGCCUUGGCAACUUUAUUAUGCUCUUAUUUUUUUAAAAGCAACACAGGGAAAUGUCUGAGUAUUUCUAAGGGACACAGCUGCUCUUUAGGGCAGGUAAGGUCCCCCUUGUCACCUUUUGGUGAUGUAAAAUUGCACUAUGAGCACAACAACAAAAAAAAGCAACAACUUGUCCUCAACCCAGCCCCCAAAUCAAACAAGCCACUUGAGAUGUAGAGUUGUACACAACAAAAGGUGCUCCAGAACCCCUCUGUGGCUUUCAGGAAAGCAGGGAUGCCUUCCCUGCAGGAAUCCAUUGCAUUGGGAGCACUCCAGUGCUGCUGCUGGAGUUCCAUCAGUCAGGUGAGCAUUGGAAACUGCUUCCCCUGACUCCAGGUGCACAACAAACUGAAAACUGUUUUAAAGCAGUUUUUACUCACUUCUGCACCUCUCCUCCACUCCUAAGCAAUAGAAAGGCCAAAGAAAUACACAGACAGUUUGAAUCGUGUUGUUUAUUGUUCUUUUUUUUUGAAGUUCUCAGUUUUAAGUAUAUUAAAUGUAAACAUUUUGCUAACUUCAGAAAACCCUCUGCUCACUUUAUAAAGCUCUUUGUAGUAUAAUUUGUUUUUACUGUAUAAUUAAAUAUUUUCAAAGUUCUGGUUUCCUUUAUAAACGAGUUGGUUUGGUAAUUAAAAGAAACUGGUUAUACAAAGUGCUCAGCUUCUGCAGCUCCUCGGCUUCGUGACGUCCCUCACCACGGGCAGGCAGGGAAAGGGACAAGGUAGGUUCUGGGCUGCUUAUCCUGGGCUUUUUUGGGGUAUUUUCUGCUCCCUGUUGCUAUAAAACCUCAGGCAUGUGAGGGCUGAUCUGCCUGAGCAGGUUUUGGGGCAGAGCUGUUGGUUUUUAGGCAGAGGGGACCAGGGCACAGAUGCUUUUGGCUGAGCUGUGCUGCCAGUCCAGCUCUCUCCAGGCCCAGCUGAGCUGAUGCAAAACCAAAAUGCAGGGGGAGGCAUUAGAGGUGUCCAGCUGGGGAAAUACAAGAUGGAAUCUGGCUCUCACCAAACACCCAGUCUGGGCACUCACAAAAAUACUCCUAAAAAUCAGCUGAAGGCCCAAGUGCAACAUGAAUAUUAUUGCUGCAAUAUUCAGUGUGUGACGGUUGCAAAACUGGACUGGAAACAAAGUUCAGACCCCCAGAUUACUUUUCUCAGUUUCAUUUCUGCCCAAGAACUGCCUCAAGAGCUCAGGGAUAUUUGCAUAUCAGCUUCCACCCUCCCCACAUUUGGGUACUUCAGAUUUCCCAUAAAAAUAACCAGCCUGGGAGUUUGGGAGGAGCUCUCUGCCUUGCAGGGGCUGCACAGGGAAGAGCCUUGUGUGUCCUUGGCAGCCCUUUCCCUCUCCCCCCCAGGCUCCAUUUUCCCUUGGAGCAGCUCUUCCCAUGCCUGUUGUGUCCAGAGAGCACAGUCUUGUUUACAUUUUUGCUUUCCCUUGUAGAUUAUGGAAUUUAUAAAUUGUAUUUUAGCUCACUGUGAGUUUCAAGAAAUCACGCAGAUAUGAAAUUCCCUUUUGUUUUCUGCAUUCAGUUUCUUUAGUUUUCUAUCAUUAAUGACAUUUCCUUCCUGGCUGCAGAUUAUUAUCUGAGAACUAGUCAUGGAAUGUGUUGCUCAUAAGAGCUUUAAUAUUAAAACCAAAAAUAGUAUUUCUGUCUGAAUCAAAUUUCUGUGUUAGAAAAACAGGAGCUUCUGAAUUACUUAUGUUACAGACACAAGUUCUGACAGCCCAGCACAGGCAGAGCCUUAAAGGAGCUCUUUAAAAAUGUAUUUAUUAACACUUUUAGA